GAAACCCCCAGGAAACCUCCAGGAAACCUCCAGGAAACCUCCAGGAAACCUCCUCCAGAAGCUGACUGGACUCCUCCAACAUGUCCCGCCUCCUGCUCUACCUGGCUGCUGUCAGUCAGCUCACAGGUUGUUCAGGGUUGGACAUCAGUGCCUGUCCGUUCACGUUCUUUGGAAAGGUUUACCAACUGAUCGACAUGAACGUCACCGACUCAAACGUGGCGAUUUGUUUUAAAGACUCUUCUGGAAACAAGAAGGACUGUCUUCAUGCAACUGUCACCGCUGCAGCCAGUUCUUCUCUGAGUCAGCGCAGCUCUGGUAUUCAUCCUGGAUCAGACUUUCAUGUUGCCCUGGGACAACUCACGGGGUCAUCAUCAUGUUUCGUGGACGCGACUGUGACAGACCUGAACAAUAAUCCUGUGCUGACCACCAAAAUGCGAAUGUUUGACCACCAAUCAGCAAUGUCUCUAACCCUUCAUGACAUCGCCACGGACCGCUCGCUGGCGGUCAGCGUCCACGUCGAUGAUGUAGAACUUCAUCGCUGGAAUCUCACGAAAGGACAAACGUCGUACAAAGACGUAACUGGAUGCAGAUUUUCAGGUCUUGUGUAUGAACCCGACACGGUGGCGUGUGGCUCCGCCUCCUCAGCUGUGACCUGUAACGCAUCAGCGGUCCUCAGCAUCAGCCCCUGUGGUGCUCAACAGCAUUGCAAGGGCGACGGCCAGUGUGUGAUGAACACCCCCUGCACUGUGACCGGCCCUGCUGUCAUUGAUUUCAGCGGCCAUCUCAGCUUCAUCCAGAAUCGCUGUGCGUAUACUCUGAUGUCACUUCCUGGCCUUCAGCUCAUGGCCACCUUUCAGGAACGCCGCCGCAAAGACGUCAGCUUUUUGGACCAGGUGAUCCUGCGUCUGGAUGGACCAGCUGUUGACUUUUACCUGGUACAUGGUGGGAAAGUACAGAUGAACAACACAUUUCUGGACCUGGACAGCUCGCCACAGACGAGGCAUGGCGUGGAGCUCUCUAAGAGCAAAGCCGGAGUCACCGCCAAAGUGUCGCUCUCCAACUUCCAAGCUACUGUCUUCUUUGACGGCACCACAGCACAGAUCUAUAUGAAAGGUGCGGCCUCCACGCAGGGUUUAUGUGUGAACUCCAGCAGCUCUCUGAGUGAAGUGAAGCUGCCUGAGUUCAGCUCCAGCAGCUGUGAGAUGCAGGACACUGAACCUGCUGACAGUCGGAUCAACUGCACCACAAUGACUGAACGCUGUAAUCUCCUGAAGGAGGCGCCAUUCACCUCCUGUCACAGCGUCAUCGACCCGGAGCCUUACAUCACCGCCUGCAGCGACACGCUCUGCAAAUACCCGGCACUGGACGGUCUCAGGUGUCAGUUCCUGGAGGCCUACACCAGAGACUGCAGCCUACUGACCAACGACACACUGGAGGGCUGGAGGUCAAAGGCCAGCUGCUCGCCCCCUCAGGGCUUCUGUCAGGACGUGUUCUGCAGUGCUCAUGAGUUUUGUGGUGAGGACAUCAGUGGUCUGCCUCGCUGCCUCUGCCGGGCUGGGUUUGCCUCCAAAUACAGAUCGACAGGUGCUUUAGGUGACCCAACGGUCUGCAGCGAGAACUCGGCUUCAGUUUCUCUGGCUGCUUGUCUCCUGGCGGAAAAAGGCAUCAACCACUCAACCUUACAUCUCAAUGAGCAGAACUGUGGAGGUCAGAUGGAUGAAGAGACCCACAUGGUGACCUUCAGCUUCAACAACAGCAAACCCUGUGGGGCAGUGGUCCUGGCCGGAAACAACAGAAUUUCCUACAAGAACACCAUCAAGACAUCCAACAGCACCACGUCCAGUCCAAUCUUUCGCCAUGACCCCGUAGACAUUGACUUCUCCUGCUUCUACAGCCAGCCGAACCUCAAGACCAUCCCCCUAAAAAUCAAAGGAGGCCAGGCGAUGCAGCAGAUUUUAUCUGGUUCUUGGAAUUACAGUCUGUCUUUGGGCAUGUUUGCCAAUCCUGCCUGCACUCAACCCCUUGACUUAUCCGGCGGGAUCCAGACAGACCAGACCAUCUACAUGAGCAUGGACGCCGAUGGGCUGGACGGCAACAUAAUCACCCUCGUGGUGGAGUCCUGCUUUGCAACCAACUCAAACAACAAGAACAGCGAUCUGAGAUACGACCUCGUUAAAAACGGCUGUGGGAACCCAGGUGACUCCUCUGUGAAGGUGGUGGAUAACGGGAAGGGCGGCACCGUCUUGGCCUUCCAGAUGUUUAGUUUCAAAGGAAGCAACGGUGGCGUUUUCCUCAACUGCAAAAUGAAGCUGUGCUUGAAGAACGACUCCAAAUGUCAGCCGAAAUGUCGUGGCAGGCAACGUGGCAGGCGAUCGAGAUCUCUGAUGCCGUCAUACGAAGAUGAAAAUCCAAUCCACUUUACUGUGUCCUGGUCUUAAGACUUCAGGUCACGGCGUCUCCGACUGACCGACUGGCUGUUGACCUUCAGACCUUCAAACACCCUCCAGGAUCUCUCAGUGUUUCUCUGAUGACUGAGACCAAAAGCAUCAAUUCAACUUCUCAUCAGCGUGGAUUUUAGAAUCAGAGUUUUCUCUUUGUGAUGAUCAUGUUCAUUUCAACUCUUUUCAAAUGUUUGUCCUGCGGUCAGACGAGGAUUAACACAGAGAGAAGUCGUGUAGAUCAGCUGUCACGUUUCUUAAAUCUCUAGAACAGAGCUGGAAAGUUAAAUGACACAAUUUGCUCGAGCUGCUCGAUGCUUUAGCAGAGCGCUGCUGGUAUUACAGGAAUCACCCCAGAACCUUUAACCUGAAGAAACUUCUGGUCCUGUCAGCUGACAUUACUGAGAGAUCCGAACAAUCCCAAAGCUUCCUCGUUAUUCAACUCUAUCUCUUCUGAUUCUUCUGAUCAUGGUGGAGGGCAGUCUGUGAUUUUAAAUAUAAUGGUGUUAUUAAAUCUAUUACGUCUAAACUCCAAACAUGAUCCAGCUUCGACAUGAUCGAGCCAACGUUACCGUAAACUGAAAGUUUCCACCGAUCAACGUUUGAGUUUGUUUGUAUGAAACUAUGUGACUUUAUAUUAACAUGAAAACUUUUAUUAGAGAACAUGUUAAAGGUCAAGGGUGUCAGAUUUACACACUGGACCUUUAACUGACAUUUGACUUUUUCAGUUUUCAGGCUGUUACUUUAAUUUUCCGCAGUGUGCAGACGGGUUGAUUGUCUGCUGCUGUUCACUGUCUAAUAAAGUUUGUUUGAGCAUCAAAAAAUUAAAAAAAUAAAAAUGGAU